ACACGCACACACACACAGACACACACACAGGUGUACGGGGCGUGGCGGUGUACAGGUGUGUAUAAGUAGAGACAGGUGAACACACUCUCUGAUGUUCAGCUGAGGAAGAGGAAAAUGCUUCAUCACUGGAACUUGGUAACGCAGAGUGUGUUUCCCUUCACUUUCUGGUUGGUGUGUAUCCGCUGCAUGUCAGUGCCAAAUGACCGCAGCCUUCCCCUAAGCAAUGACAGCUCAGUGCUGUAUCCAUGGGCGGGGCAGUGGGCGGAGUUUGACCUUUCAUACUGUGAUAUGGUUCUGGAUGCUCCAGUCCCUCCCCCUGCUGAUCAGGUGCCAUGGUUCUGCACGUGCUCACUGUGUGAACCCACUAAGGGGGAGAAAGGAGAGAGAGGAGACCGCGGAUUACCAGGAAGUCCUGGAGGUCUAGGAUUGAGAGGGUUGACAGGACCUCGUGGUACACCGGGAUUUGUAGGGCAGCAGGGACUGAAAGGUGAGAAAGGUGAUGAAGGACUGAAAGGAGAGCGAGGCCCAAUGGGACCAAUGGGCUCUAAAGGCGAGGGAGGGCUCAAAGGUGAUAAAGGGGAUCGUGGUGAGGAUGGCGCAGUCGGAGACCCGGGUCCAAAGGGAGCAGAUGGUCAGUGCCCAGUGAGCUGUGUAUCACUUCCUGGUCCUCCAGGUGAACCAGGUCUUCCUGGUCCGGUUGGAUUACCUGGGUUAUUUGGGCAGGCUGGAGCUCCUGGUGCUAUAGGUCUGAAGGGUGAUCCAGGCAUGGAUGGCACACCAGGCACACCUGGAUACCCAGGUAACAAAGGUGAACCAGGCAUGGAGGGAAAUUGCUCAUGUAAGGAUGGACAAAAAGGUGAAGUGGGACCUGAAGGAUCUAAGGGCACUAAGGGAGAGCUAGGUCAAAUGGGGUCUCAGGGUGUUGCAGGACAGACAGGUCCUAAAGGAGAGCCAGGGGAGAUGGGAAAGAUGGGAAUGCCUGGUCCAUGCAGCCCAGCCAUACAAUCUGCAUUCUCAGCAGCACUAAGAUCAUCAUUCCCAGCUGCCAAUCAGCCAAUAGCGUUUGGGCAUAUCAUCUAUAACCUGCAGCAGCACUACAACCCAAGCACAGGUGUAUACACAGCACCAGUCAAUGGAACCUACACCUUCAGCUUCCACUUGACCGCCUCCACCCGCACCCUGAAGGUUGGACUCUUCUGGAACUUCCAGCCCGUGGUGAAGAGCACACUGGCAUCAGAGUUAGGCUCCGCCUCCCAAAAAGUGGUGCUACACCUGAGUGUAGGGGACCAGGUGUGGCUCCAGGUGAAGGAUAGUAUCACUAAUGGAAUGUUCACUAGCGCUGAGGCCAGCAGCACCUUUAGCGGCUUCCUGCUUCAUCCUGACACCUGUGACAUCAUCAUGGGACGAGAGCUUCCUCCACCAAAUAUUAGUGGGGUGUACACCUGGGGAGAUCCAGACCCCACCUUAAGCCCUAAUAUCUAGACCCUACAUACCAAUCCACACCCAACCAGCACGUCCUGAUCCCAUUCUCUUAGAAGAAAAACAUGAAAAUUGAAAGUUUGUGAGGAAUUUAUGGAACGUACAACUGGAGACACAUUAAGACUCCCAUCUAGACCCUUAAACACUAACCCUGCUCCCUACACACUAAGCUCCCUAGACCCUACACCCUAACCCACACCUACACAAUGCAUCCUGGAACCCUGCCCUUAGAAGAAAAACCUCUUGAAACUUGAAGCAUUAAAUCUGAAGGGAAUUUAUGGAACGUACAACUGGAGACAGACCUACACCCUAAGCCCUCCUCCCUAAACCACACUUGAGCAGUGUAUCCUAAAACAAUGCUCUUAAACUAACCUUGAACACCCUUAAGUGGAGACAGACAGGGACAUGAACCUCUUGAAAAUCAAAAAAGGGUGGUGGAGUUCAGCACAGUGUAGAGGACCAAACUUGCUCCCUGAACCGUAAUCCAACCUGAAAUCACUCCUCACACUCUAAACCCACAGCUGAACAACGCACCCUACUCCCUAAACUACUGUAAAAGUAAAAUUGUAAAAAAUCUGAUUAAAUGUAAGUUAAUCAAAUGAAAAGUUCUCCAGAGUUUUUGUAUGUGAAAUAUUUUAAUAUUAUAAUAAAAAUCAUUCUGGUGGUGAACAGAACAUUCAUUAAAAUUAGAAUUAAAUACCU